AUGUAUCACCAGCAAAGCAGGACCAAGAUAGUGACAUACUCUUCCAAGAACAUCGAUAAUUUCAGGAUCGCCAACAACACGAACCCUACCUUGUGGAGGUCCACGAAUCUCAUCAUCAGUUGCGGAGGCGAAUCUGGUUGGGCCUCAGAGGCCGCUGUGGACGCAGUGCCUCCCAAAGCCUUUCUUCAAAAGUUCUUACCAGAAAGCGAGACCUUCUUCGUAGACUCCAGGAAUGGCAUGUUUAUACGUGGACCGAAGUUUGGUUUGCUGAGGGCCGCUCUUGAAAACUCAAGGAAAGUCGUCAAGUCCCUCGUCCGUACAUGUAUCGAAGCAGACAUUUGGAUGAAAGAGGCAGCCACGCUCACCAUGGACAAAACGAGAGACCCAUCAGCUAGACCGUGCAGAGAGAAGCAAGCGGUGCAAGUGGCGCAACUAGCUUACGGGCUUGCUGCGUGCCGGGUUGUUUGA